AUGCUGGGUCGACCUUUGCUUAGUCAUGCACUUGAUACUGAGGAAUUUGAGGGGUUGGCAGAUCCAAGGCUUGAACAAAACUAUGUUUACACGGAAAUGUUUCGAUUGACUGAGGUUGCUGCAGCUUGUGUGCGACAUUCAUCUGCAAAGAGACCACGGAUGGGACAGGUUGUGAGAGCUUUUGACAGUAUGGCCACCGCAGAUCUAACAAACGGAAUGAGAGUUGGAGAAAGUGAAAUAGUAAAUUCUGCACAACAAUCUGAAGAAAUUAGAUUGUUUCGGAGGAUGGCAUUUGGAAUUCAAGAUUACAGUACAGAUUUUUUUACUCAAAGUAGCUGA